CAUUGUGGUUUUUGCCGAUUAAAUCUCUUGUGAAUAUCAAAAAUUUGCGGUGUAAAUGUGAUAACGAUUUGUUCGAAUGAAUUUAUUGAAAUUUUCUACUUCAUUAAUCAAAUCAUCAAUCAGUCAUACGAAUAUUGUUCGACGGUCGUCACGAUUUUUGUCUACCACAAAUAUCAACAAAAUGAAAUAUUUAAAUCAAGAAGAAGCAACAAAUAUCGAUUUGGAGUUGUUCAAUCAAUACAAAUAUAGUGUUGAUCAGCUGAUGGAAUUGGCUGGAUUGAGUUGUUCGCAUGCCGUUGCCAAGUGUUAUCGACAAAAUGACAUUAAAAAACGUAUUCUCAUUUGUUGUGGCCCGGGCAAUAAUGGAGGCGAUGGAUUGGUGUGCGCUCGACAUUUGGCUAUUUUGGGUUAUCAAUGCACAAUUUACUAUCCAAAACGAACCGAUAAAGAACUUUAUCGCAAUUUAGUCGAACAGUGUAGCUCAUUUGGUGAAGCAAUUAAUUUUAUCGAUACAUGCCCAUCGAACGAUAAUGAUUAUUCACUCAUUAUUGAUGCAUUGUUUGGAUUUAGCUUUCGGCCACCGGUCCGUGAAAAUUUUUUGCCCAUCAUUCGAACGCUUGAAAAAGCCACCGUUCCAAUUGUUAGUAUUGACAUUCCGAGUGGCUGGCACGUAGAGAAUGGACCACAGCCGUUUGAAGAUAACCAAUCGGGAAAUGUCGUUCAACCGAUAAGACCAGAACUGCUAAUAUCUUUAACCGCACCAAAAUUGUGUGCCAAACAUUUUCGUGGCAAAUUUCAUUAUUUGGGCGGCCGUUUCGUACCUCCACCACUUCAGCAGAAAUACGAGUUGAAUUUAAUCGAAUAUCCUGGCACGGAAACUUGCGUCGAAAUUCCACCGAAUAAUUGAAGAGUUGACCUUUUUGUUAAAAAAAUAGUUUGAUAUUUUCUUUACCUUUUUCAUUGAGCAUCUUUUUGAUAUGAUCAAAAAAAAUGUGGAAAUUAAUCUAAAUAAA